AUGCCCUCAAAGCAAAAUAAUUACACGGACCCGGACCUGCGCCAGGAAGUCAAAGAGGAGGUGCAAGCAGGCGGCAAGGGCGGGAAACCAGGGCAGUGGUCCGCGCGAAAGGCCCAACUAACCGCGUCGGAAUACAAAGCUCGCGGCGGCGACUACACGACUUCAAAAGACCAAAAAGCCCCGCAGCAGAAGAACCUGGAUAAAUGGACGGGCGAGGAGUGGCAGACGAAAGAAGGAUCGGGACACGCGAAGCAGGACGAUGGGACGGAGAAGAGGUAUCUGCCGAAGAAGGCGUGGGAGGGGAUGAGUGAGAAGGAGAAGGAGGAGACGGAGGCGAAGAAGGUGGAGGGGUCGAGGGAGGGGAAGCAGUUUGUGGGGAAUACGGAGACGGCGAAGAGGAAGAGGGGGGAGGUUAGUAGGGAGGGAGAUAAGAAGGAUACGAAGGGAAAGGGGAGGGGUAAGGCCAAGGGGAAGGAGAAGCAGAGGGAAGAUGACGAUAAGGAGGGUGAGGGGGAUGAAGAGGGCCAGGAUGAGAUGGAUGAGCGGGAGGAUGAGGGAGUCGAUGAUGAGGAUCAAGGUGACAAGGGUGACGAGAACGAGGAAGAGGAGGAGGAGGAGGAGGAACAGAAUGAUGAGGAGGAAGAAGAGGAUGAAGACAAAGGUGAUGGUGAGGCAACGACAAAAGAACCCGAGGCGGCAGAUACACCUCAAAGUGAGCAACCUGGCAAAAAGCGGCGCAAGAAGGACUAA